AUGCAUUUAACGGCACUUUUGAUGCUUUCCAAACGCAAACCACCUCAUGGAAUUAAAUACCGAGGAAAAAAUCGAGUUGUACCAAAACCAAAAAUGGAGCACUUGUUUAUGCUCCGACAUCGUCUGGAACGUGACGAAGAAAACAUGCUUAUUUUACGGCAUCCGUACUUGACAUCCGAACAGUCCCGAGAUUAUAUGAAAGACCUAAAGGUACCAGUUCCUCUAUCCGUGGUGGGUAAUAGAAAGAGGAACGAAUUGUUUAACAAACACUUCAGUUGGGUUGACCAACUAGCUCAUCUACGCGUCAGAGAUGCUUGGGAAUAA